ACACUAAAAAAACCACUCUGGUUUUGCAGAAAUCCCCUAAUUUCCUAAUAAACCAGCAUUCAACAUCUAACUUGCCAUUUUCAUAUCUAUAUAUAAAGAGAAAUGCAAGUGUAGGUGCAUGCAAUUCUUGGAAAAAUGCUUCAUAUGUAGCAAGAACAAGAAACCAAACUAUACCCUUAUUUAUGCAACUUUACUUCUCUAUUUAUCAAAAAUAUUUCCCUUUCUUGUGUGUAAUUAGGUUUCUUUUUUGGUUUUUUCUUGGAUUUUGGUUGUUGGGUUAAUUUGAGGAAAGAAAAAAAAUUAUAUAAAGAUGGGAAGGGGUAGGGUUCAGCUGAAGAGGAUAGAGAACAAGAUCAAUAGGCAAGUAACAUUUUCAAAAAGAAGAGGUGGAUUGCUGAAGAAAGCUCAUGAGAUCUCAGUUUUAUGUGAUGCUGAAGUGGGUUUGAUUGUUUUCUCUCAUAAAGGCAAACUCUUUGAAUACUCUACUGAUUCUUGCAUGGAAAAGAUUCUGGAACGCUAUGAGAGGUAUUCUUAUGCAGAGAGGCAACUUAUAGCAUCUGAUCUCAAUUCUCAGGAGAAUUGGACUUUGGAGUAUAACCGACUCAAGGCGAAGGUGGAGCUUUUGCAGAGAAACCAUAGGCACUAUUUGGGAGAAGAUUUAGAUUCAUUGAGCCUGAAAGAGCUACAAAAUCUGGAGCAACAGCUCGAUACUGCUCUUAAGCACAUUCGAACAAGAAAAAACCAACUUAUGUAUGAGUCCAUCUCUGAGCUUCAGAAAAAGGAGAAAGCAAUACAGGAUCAGAAUAACAUGCUAGCAAAGCAGAUUAAGGAGAAGGAGAAGGCUGUGGCACAGCAGUCACUCUGGGAGCCGCAAAACCAUGGCAAUAAUGUCUCACCAUUCCUUCUUUCACAGCCACCACUUCCAUGUCUAAACAUGAGUGGCAACUAUCAGGAAGAAGGACAAGAGGAGGAGGAACGAUCUAGAUCUUACGCUAGAACCCGUAUAUUCGUGUCACCUUGGAUGCUUCACCACAUGAACAAACUGGGUGAAGAAUUACAUGCGCUACUACAAAACCUGGUGAUUAGGGUUUUGGUUUGUUAAUAUGUGGUUUUUGAAGUGUCUAUGGUAUCAAAGUAUGAGAAAAAGACUAAUAACGUACACCUGCAGACUGAUGUUCUUACAUCUAUUUGAUAUAACUAUCAUAUGUUAAUGCA